AUGACUAGCUCCACCACCAUGGAAAAAGGCCGUCUCUACCACUGCGACGUCUGUUCGUCGGACUGUACAAACCGGACCCGAAUCAAGUGCGCCAUCUGCACCGAUUAUGAUCUAUGUGUCCCGUGUUUCGCGUCGGGCUCGUCGACGCUCGACCACAAGCCGUGGCACGAUUACCAAAUCAUAGAGCAAAACACCUAUCCAAUCUUCGACCGCAACUGGGGUGCGGACGAGGAAUUGCUUCUUAUCCAGGGAUGCGAGACUUUUGGGUUGGGCAACUGGCAGGACGUGGCCGACCACAUUGGCAAUCGCUCCAAAGAAGAAGUGGCGGAACAUUACAACACCAUCUAUCUUGAGUCGCGCGAGUACCCAUUGCCCGAGAUGGACAAGGACUUCAGCGAUGUGCUGGCGCCGCAGUUUUUGCAAGAGCGCAAGGCCCGGCUCGAGGAGCGCAAGAAUGGGCCGCUUCCUCCUCCAAAGGCAAAACCAUCGGCGUCUGUGCCACUUUGCCACGAGAUCCAGGGCUAUAUGCCCGGACGGCUUGAGUUUGACCACGAAGCCGAGAACGAUGCAGAAGUGCCUGUGAAGGAUAUGCUUUUCGACCCAGAAGACCUGGCUGGCGACAUCGAGCUCAAGUUGACCGUGUUGGACAUCUACAACUCGCGGUUGACCACGCGAGCAGAGCGGAAACGCAUUUUGAUCGCCAACGGCUUGCUUGAUUACCGCAAGAACAUUGCCUUGGACAAACGCAAGUCCAAGGAAGAAAAGGAGCACUUGCGCCGCAUCAAUGCAUUUGUACGGAUCAUGACUCCGAAGGAUUUUGCUGAGUUUACUGCUGACCAGCUUACUGAGCUCCGGUGCCGCAUGCGGAUCCAGCAGCUCCAAAACUGGCGCAGGAACGGCAUCACCACUUUGGAAGACGGCGCCAAGUUCGAGAAGGACAAGCUCAUUAGACAAGCCCACUACCAACGUGUAGGCAACGGCGCAGGGCUUGCCGCUAGACACGCGGCGGCCCAGAUGGCCGUGGCGGCCAGGAAAACCAGUACGCCCGAGUACCGGCCCAAAAUCAACACUAGCAAUGCGAGAGCUCCACUCGACAUUGCGGGAGCUACAGAUUUCGAGCUUCUUCUGCCAGAAGAGAAACAGUUGUGUGCCACACUCCGCAUCUUGCCCAAACCGUACUUGGCUAUCAAGAGCCAGCUUAUGAAAGAGGCAGUCAAAAACAAUGGCGUCUUGCGGAAAAAAGAUGCUCGUCUGUUCUUGAAGAUCGACGUCAACAAAGCAUCGAAAAUCUUUGAGUUUUUCGUCCAGAUGGGCUGGUGCACACAAGGAUAA